UCUCACGCGGUUUCCUCAGUUCAGCCUGCCGGUCGCUGCAUGGCAACAGGCGCGAGGGAUUCCCCCCGUCCGUCGCCACUCUGUCUUCCCGUUCAGCGCUCAGAAUAUUAAUUAAAAAGAAAUAAAUAAAUCAGUCCGUCUGGCUGCUUCUACCAGGCGCGCCCGUCCGCGGCAGCAUGUCCUGGAACACGGCGUAGCGCGCGACGCGGAGGAAGAAACUUUAAACCGGGGGAUAUUUAACAAGUGCGCUCUCGCCGAAGAAGAGAAGGGAGGACCGCGCGCGGACGCACAUUCUCACCGAUGAGGCAGCCGCCAAAUGACGUCGAGAUGGCUUUAGGGGGGACGCUUCUGCCAUCCAUCUCCACGUUCGCCAGCGGCCCAAGUGUCAAGAGCAAAACCAUAGGAAGCGCCAAUUUACGAUGGAAGGAGGAGCUGUCGCAUCUUAAGAGACCCAGCGUACUAACCGGAAGCAGCUGCCCCAACCCAGACCACCCCACUGCCACCAGCACAGCAAGCCCCAGCAUGUCCAAGAAAGAUCCCGAACCGGACCUGGACUUGGACUACGACUUCAUUCUCUCCAACUCCAUUCUUCAGCAGCAGCAGCAGCAGCAGCAGCAGCAGGAGGAGGCCAUGGCGUGCGCCUCUGCUCAGGCCCUGUCGCCUUCCCCCGGCUCCUUCUCCUCAUCGUACCCUCUCCCCUCGCCUCAGGGCACCGCCAGUGAACUGCUCUACACCAUCCCGGAUAUUAAUGACGUUUCGCCCUCCGGAGGCUUCGUGGCGGAGCUCAUGAGGCCAGAGUUGGACCCAGCAUACCUCCACCCCACCAGCCUUCAUGGCAAGUUUGUGGUGAAGACAACAAUGGACAUGGGGGAUUACAGCCAAGGCGUGAACGUAAGCAAGGCCUGUGUAGAUGCUGCGUCAGACCCGGUUCCAUCACGUGCAUCACCGUCCUUUACGUGCCACAGGAUAAAGCAGGAGAACCCCAGUAACUGCACCAUCUCACAGCCCAUGGACCUACACAUAGCUGGGGUAAACUCCCAGGGCCGGGGGAGCCAGCAGCAGCGCCCCGCUCACUUGGACCUACAUGGGUUCCCUGGUGGUGGAGGGAGGUCCAUAACAGGCGGCAGGUUAUCCUCAUCCUCCUCCCUCUCCCCGGACCAUCCUCUGAGCCGGGAGCACCAGGUUCUGGGACAUCCCCACCCCCAGAUCCCUCUAGCUCCCCAGGGAUACCACCAUAGCUCCCCGCAGGGUUACGCCUCCUACCCCCAGUCAUCAUCCAUGCAGUACCAAGAGUCCCUUAUGAUCUCCAGCGGGGACUGCUUGCCCGAAGAGCCCAAGCCCAAGCGUGGAAGACGUUCCUGGCCGAGGAAGAGGGUGGCCACACACACGUGUGAUUACGUUGGCUGCGGCAAAACUUACACAAAGAGCUCUCACCUCAAAGCACAUCACCGCACACACACCGGGGAGAAGCCAUACCACUGCGACUGGGAGGGCUGCGGUUGGAAGUUUGCUCGCUCAGACGAGCUCACACGCCACUACAGGAAACACACGGGCCACCGGCCAUUCCAGUGUCAGAAAUGUGACCGGGCCUUCUCAAGGUCGGACCACCUUGCUCUCCAUAUGAAGAGACACUUAUGAGACUUGGCUGGAGGACCAAACUGGAUGACGAUGGAUGAAGGCUCCAGAGAUAAAAAUAUCCCCUAGUGGAACCCUUUGUGACCUACACUUUUUAAAACCAUAAUUGACCUUCAAGCCGUUGUCAAGCAACAAGACAAGCUGUGGUGUUCGCAGCACAAAAAAAGAGCAUUACCCUCGAGAGCCUAGAAAGCCUCUCAAGACUGUUCCUUUCCACACUGUGCAGGUGACUCGACGAGACCUCUCAGUCAAAGUUGUAAAAUUUUAUGAAAGGGACCAAACUGGAAUUUGUCUUAUUUAACCGACAAAACUUGGUCGACCAGGUGCCAACAACUUUUAACUGGAAAUGUAUUUUUUGUCAGGGAAACCAGGAGCAACAGACAAACAUCUUCAGGGGCCUUCUGCCAGCAACACGCCAAUAAAGGCUCUGUUAACACAUACACUGUCCAAAUACUGUAUUAAUAAAUACAUCUAUAUUUAUAUACACAUUUCGCCUGCAAAGCCAUUUAUUUCAGGUACAAUGUUAAUUUAUGCUGAAUGGUGCUCAGUGAACCUGUAGAAAGUUUCUUUUAAAGAAAAGGUACCAAAGAUUAAAGAAAAUAUACCAAAUGGGUGAAAACUAUGAAAAAUGCCAUAUGGUUGUUUGUGUGUUCCUUGGAAUCCUCUCUUCCACAAUCAGAAUUAAAUCAGGUGAACACGCUGUUUUUUAAAUGGUGAUGGCAAUCUUCAGCGCAUUGCAGUUGUGCAAUAAUUUAUAUGAGACAUUCAUAUUUUUGUAUGGAAUGAGUAACUCUGAACAAAGAUGUUUUGUUUAUAGCUUAAAUAUGUAAUAUAAUCUUGAAUUUUGUACAUUUGUAAAUAAAAUUGCUUUGUUAUUGUUUUGUAUUUUACAGUAUAAUAAAAUGUAUUUGAAAUUUUAAA